UCCAGUUAACGUUCAAGGCCACUCUGAAAUACGGUGACCAACAUGUCUCUAGCUCGCCAGCUGGGCGUCGGGCUUUCUUCUCGACUGCUAGGCGCACAACGCUCAACUACCCUCUGUCUGUCUCCCAUUUCGUUUCGCAGUAUCUCUUCGUCGCGUUGCUCGCAUGCGGAACACCUGGAAAGACCCAACCGUUUAGACGGACCUCAAAAUAUCAGGUCUCCACCAUUGGGCACUGGGACACUGACAGCUAAGGACGAGCCGGGAAAGGAUAUUGACCCCUACAAGGAUGGACCAAGCGCUAUCGACAAAGCGGUCCACCUGUUUUUCUUUACCGAAAUCGUCCGAGGCAUGUGGAUUGUCUUGGAGAACUUCUUCAGACAACCAUACACUAUCAUGUAUCCCUAUGAGAAGGGUCCGCUGUCCCCCCGUUUCCGUGGAGAGCACGCUCUGCGGCGAUACCCGAGCGGCGAGGAACGGUGUAUAGCUUGCAAACUCUGCGAAGCCAUUUGUCCGGCGCAAGCUAUCACUAUCGAGAGUGAAGCUCGUCUUGAUGGAUCAAGAAGAACUACCAAAUACGAUAUUGACAUGACGAAGUGCAUUUACUGUGGUUUCUGCCAGGAGGCCUGUCCAGUUGAUGCUAUUGUCGAGACUCAAAACCAGGAGUUCUCUACGGAAACGCGUGAAGAACUUCUGUACAACAAGGAGAAGCUUCUCGCCAAUGGUGACAGGGCUGAGGCAGAGAUCGCUGCUAACCUGCAUUCUGACCAUGUGUACCGGUGAGGGGCCUAGAAGAGGGUUCUAACAUUCCCCUUGUUCGUGUAUUUAUCAAAUCACUAUGGCAUUGCAAAUACACGAUUGAAUCUAUCCUUUCUUGUGGCGGAACGCCUACUUUCAAAUCCAACUGCUCGGGUCUUGGUAGGUGGCGUAACCAUCCUGUUGGUUCUGAAGGUCUUGUUUGAGUUUGAGGGUAUUGAACAGCUGGAGGUUCAAUGGCAUAUGCACGUCUCCAGUUUGCACACUUCUUUUCCUUGGAAGCACACUUAAUACGCUUCACGUUUAGGAUGGGGCCUGUCUGGUUCGUUGGCCCGUGCAGUUACCUUUUCCUGUGGAUGGGAGC